CUCCUGAGCCAAGCUGAGAGCCGAGCAACAGCAACGCAAAAACCUGUCAAUUUGUUGACUGCGCUUGUAGCUGAAGGACCGCAUUUUCGGUUGCAUGGUCAUCGGGAAGACUUUAUUGGCUAUUUACAUGUCGAGAAUUCAUAAACGCGGGUCGUUUUCGGCGUAGAGUGACGGAACAAAAUUUGGCGGAUUUACGGGAAGUGCUUGAAUCGCGAACCGCGCUAGUGAUGGUGAUAAAGUGAUUGGCUGUUGGAAGAAAAAUAGGAUUUUCGGGUUUGGAUCCAGUGACAAGUUUUAUUUUAGUGUCCGGAAAGGUGAAAAUAACAAUCCACAAUGGUCCUGCUGGCGUCAAUCAGUGCGUUCCUGUCGAUGAUUACAUUGGCCCCGUUACUGUCGUUGAUGUUUUUCAUCAUCUUCCUGGCUUCGAUGGGCAAAUCUUUGGGCGUCCGGCGGAUGUACGUGCAGCUGCUGGUGAAAAUCUUCGAGUACGGUCGACAAAAUAUAGAACACGUUCGUAAGAGACAGUAUGCCAACCUCAACACAUCGGAGUGCGAGGAAGCUCCACCUGCAACAAAAUCAACCGAACAAUCAACUGAAAAACCGACCAGCCAAACAAAAGACAACUGUGUCGACAAGGUGGUCCCAAAACUCAACUCGAGCACAGCGACCAACGGAGAUGCCAGCAAACCCUUGAAGAACGGAGACAUUGCCAACGGUGGCAACUCGGUGAUCAGUCGCGUCGAGUCGCUUAUCCUGCUGCCGGAUAUGGAUGGCGCCCGAAGCAAAAGCCGAGAGUCCAACUAUGAUGACGAUAACGAUUCAUUGGAAUUCAAUCUGACCAACUGUUUGGACUACGUCAAAUCCGGCAUGGAAGCGAUCAUCGAAGACGAGGUGACCAGUCGAUUCGAAGCUGAGGAACUGAAAAACUGGAACCUUCUGACCAGAACGAACCGGCACUACGAGUUCAUAUCGUGGCGGCUGACGGUCAUUUGGGUGAUAGGUUUCUUCAUUCGGUACGUCAUCCUCAUGCCGUGCAGGGUAUUUAUCUGUUUCGUCGGGGUCGUGUACUGCGUGAUUGGAUUUGCUUUCGUCGGCAUUGUGCCCAACCGUUCACUGCGCGUGAAGGCAAACGACUAUGUGUUCAAGCACACCUUCCGCAUAAUCUGCCGUUCGCUGUCCGCAGUGAUUCGUUUCCACAAUCUAGAGUACAAACCGAAGAAUUGCGGCUUCUGUGUCGCCAACCAUACGACACCGAUUGACAUUGCAAUUCUUUCGACCGACCACUCGUACUCUUUGGUCAUGUGGUUGACAUUAUGCACGGCACUGGUUGGUUGCCUGCCGGAAGGACACACCAAGCGAUGGAUGGUGAAGAAGGUAUUGAUUCAAUGUUUCGGCGUACUCUCGAGUGCAUUGUCAUCCGUUGUCAAUUAUCAUAACAUUGAAAAUCGCCCAUUGAAUGGCAUCUGCGUGGCGAAUCACACCAGUCCUAUUGAUGUACUUAUGUUGAUGUGUGAUAACUGUUAUUCGUUGGUGAAUCGGACAAAGCACGGUGGAUUCCUGGGAGUUCUUCAGAGAGCCCUUGCGAGGGCCUCUCCACACAUUUGGUUUGAGCGGGCUGAAGCCAAAGACAGAAUGGCAGUGGCAAAGAGGCUAAAAGAACACGUAUCCGCGACCAACCCACCUAUUCUUAUCUUCCCCGAGGGUACCUGUAUCAAUAACACAUCUGUGAUGCAGUUCAAAAAAGGAAGCUUCGAAGUAGGCGGUGUCAUAUACCCGGUGGCCAUCAAAUACGACGCCCGCUUCGGUGAUGCAUUUUGGAACAGCUCUCGAUACUCGAUGAUGCAGUAUUUAUACAUGAUGAACUCGUGGGCGAUUGUUUGCGACGUUUGGUAUCUGCCCCCGAUGACGAGAGGCGAUGAGUCAGCCAUCGACUUUGCCAACCGAGUGAAAAGCGUCAUUGCCAAGCAGGGUGGUUUAGUGGACCUGGUGUGGGAUGGUCAGCUGAAACGAAUGAAACCAAAGAAAGAGUGGAAGGAGAAGCAACAGGAGGAGUUCACCAAACGGCUAAAAGGCUAAUGAUGUCCGGCCGCGGUGGACACGAAAUGUGCGAUGACAUUGUAGGAGAAUGACCGAGUUGGCUUGUAGUGUAUCUAACUCCCUGUGGUACUAGUGUGAAAUUGUUUGGAAGAUGGAUGCGCUAAUGGAUGAUAUGUAUGUGGCAGCAGAACGUUGAUGAACCGAACAUAGAACAAUUUGAUGACGCUCUAGUCUGCGAGAAAAAAGACAAAUUACAAUAUAACUAUAAUAUAACAGCCAAAAUUUAGGGUGGAGCCUACUACAGAUAGAUAUAAAUGUUAAUUUACAUUUAAAAGUGAGAAAAAUGAUAUUUAUUGCAUCCACGGUAGAUUCAAUUGUACAGUAAAAAAAAUGAUUUCAGCGAGAAUACAACCUUCAUUGUGAACCUUAGCCAACAUCCCAGU